CUUCCUGUGUUUACUUCCUUCUAAAUACAAGCCAACCUCUCCCUCUCAGUCAGUCAGUGCUGGUCGCUGGAGAUGCACUAUGGAGAGGCGACAGACCCGCUAAGAUUCCGAGUCGACGAUUGUGAUCAAGCAGGACAAGUCGAGCAUCACGAUGGAUUACAAAUACGAUAAUGGAAUAGAACUGCUGUUGGCUCACAUGAAUAUAGAGGACAUCAUCAACGCUACAGAGACCCUGUAUCAGCUUGAAGAGGAAGAGGUGGAAGAAGAAAGUUUGUCAUUUGAAGAGGAAGGUUUCUCGCAGGAGGAGAUGGAUGAGGGCUCGGGGAGUGAGCAGAAGGACCAUCCGGAUGGGGUAUGUGGUGUUCGUUACGGGACAGUGACAGACCUCCUGUCCUUUGUCAACCUUCUCUCCAACAUGCAGGCAGCAGCCCUGCAGCACCUGCCUCAGGAGAUGGGAGUCCUGCUGAAUAAGAAGGAAAUGGCUGUAAAAAAAGGCCGCUACCAGAUCAACAUGGACGUGCUCCUAUUUCCAUGGAAGUUGACCUACAAGAAUCCUGGCUCUGGUCUCGUGCCAAAGGGCUCAUUUGGGAAAGUCCACUUGGCUCAGGACACCACCACCAGGAAGAGAAUGGCUUGCAAACUGAUUCCCAUGGAGCACUUUAAAGCAGCCGACGUGGAGUUCCAGGCUCGGUUCCGACAUGAAAACAUUGCUGACCUCUACGGUGCUGUGCUCUGGGACCAGACUAUCCACCUGUUCAUGGAGGCCGGAGAGGGCGGCUCGGUCCUGGAGAAGCUGGACAGCUGCGGGCCCAUGAGGGAGUUCGAGAUCAUCUGGGUGACUAAGCAGGUCCUGCGGGGCCUGGAGUACCUGCACUCUCAUAAUGUCAUCCACCACGACAUAAAACCCAGUAACAUUGUCCUGAUGUCAGACAAGGCAGUGCUUGUGGACUUCGGUCUGACGGUGCAGAUGACAGAGGAUAUUUACAUUCCAAGAGACCUGAGAGGAACAGAGAUGUAUAUGAGUCCAGAGUUGGUUCUGUGUCGAGGACAUGACACCAAGACAGACAUCUACAGCCUGGGCACCACCAUCAUUCACAUGCAGACCGGUAGCCCUCCCUGGGUCCGCAGAUACCCGCGCACUGCCUACCCAUCCUACCUCUACAUUAUACACAAGCAGGCACCCCCUCUGGAGGACAUAGCGGGGGACUGCAGCCUAGCCAUGCGCGCCUUCCUGGAGCGAACCCUGGAGAGGAACCCUACUCUGCGGAGCUCGGCGUCCGAGUUACUGAAGGAUGAGGCCAUCAACCCGCCCAGGGAGGAUCAGCCACGCUGCUGGAGCCUUGACUCGGCACUGGAGGAGGCCACCCACACUAUGCUACGGCAACAGAGCCAACACCAAUACACCACACAGGAAUUGUCUCUGUACUCUGAGGGCUCUGGCCACAUGAGAAGAAAGGGCUCCUUGUACAUUGACCUAGGGGCGUUGUCAGGUUACUGUAAACUGGUGGCAGGGCCCCCCACCUCUGAGUAUGGCUAACACCUGACCACAACUCAUCAUUUUGUGGAUAAACUGUUGCUGAAGCCAAGUGAUGAUUUACUUUUAGCCUUCUUUAAUAGUCUGGCUCACCAUUCACUGUUAAGGGCUGACGAACAGUUCAGACAGGAGGACAGCUGCAGGCUGCCAGACAUGGCUCAUUGGCAAAUUGAAAAUAUUUACAAGAGUCAGGAGGACUUUUAAUGAAUGGAACCAGCUCAGCCUGAAAUGGACAACACUGCAGGACAGUGGUUGGAUGAGAUCCAUUGUAAAUAAAUGAGCAUUAACUAUUGGUGUAAUUCCCCAGACUUCCUUGUGGGAUGUCUUUACGUGCUUUAUUUCACUGUGGUAAUUAACACAGUAAAAAAUUAAAUAUAUGCUGUUUUUUUUCAUGAAACUAGUCUUCAAGAAUAAGUUAUUCUAUCACUAAAAAUCUAAGCUAUCUGUUAAAAGAAUGUGUGCACUAUGUGAACAUGUGUGACAUGUAGUUCUUUAUGGACUUCCUCUUGUUUAUUCCUGUGGAAUAUUAAUAGCAUCAUUAUACUAUGCAUUUUAAGCUUCUGUGGAAUGCAUGUGCUACCUGAUUUGUGAAUUGGUGUCAUCUGAAAUUGUCCAGAGUUUGAAAUUGUAUCAGUCAUUAUGCAAUAAAAGGGCAAUAAAA